AUGACUCCAGUCUCACUCAUCCUCACCCUUAGCCGCGUUGCGAACGAGGGAAGAGCCGCUGCCGCCACUAGCUGCAUAGGAUGUAGCUGUUCGCUAGCUGGCGGAGAGCUGAAGGGAGCACAAAGUUGCAUCUCCAUGGAGAACGGCGAACCGCGAAAGAUGGGCAUCGGAGGUUGCCCAGUCAUACUGGAUAGAUGA